UAGCCCUGCAUCGGCAGUGUAGUUCAUAGCUACGCUCAUAAAAUGUCCAACGGCCCUCGCACAACAAUCCUGCCACAGUCAAAGGAAGCGUUACUUAAGUCGUACAACGCGCGUCUUAAAGAGGAUGUGCGUAGCAUGCUGGAAAACUUUGAAGAAAUUCUAAAGUUAGCACGGCGAGAAAGUCACAUACAAAUUUCAAAGAUAACACAAUGCGAGCAGGAUGCACUGGAGAUGCAAGUGCGAGCGGCAAAUAUGGUGCGCGCCGGUGAAUCGCUGAUGAAGCUCGUUGCCGAUCUUAAACAGUAUCUCAUACUGAACGACUUUCAUUCGGUGAAUGAGGCGAUUACGAAUAAUUCACAGCUGUUUCGGGGCAAACAAAUUGAGUGCGAUAAAAAGUUGAUGAAGCUGCGCGAUGAGAUGGCCAUGGAUCUAUACGAUUUGGAGGAGGAGUACUAUACAAGUAUAUUUAAGUAG